AUGGACAAUGAAAAUUGUGAAGCGGGUCCUUCUCAGCCCAAAGCAAAGAGGGCUAAGAAAACGCAUUCUUUUCCUCUGUCAGAUGCCGAAUUAUUGAAGUUAUUAGAAGAGUCCGACGAUGAAUUAGAACUGUUAGCAGAUGAAACGGAUUCAGAUUCCUCUGAUGAGAAUGAAAUACUUUCCAAGACACCUGAGCAAGCCCAUAUUCCCGAUUUACCCACUGCUUCUCCAUCUCCUACUCCACAUUCUCCGGCUGCAUCGCCCAUUUCAGAUCUGCCUUCUGCACCACCUUCUCCACAGCAGCUUCUAAACCUUCCAGCGGACCCUUCUUCAUCUGUUCGAACAUGGCUAACAGAUUCGCCCAAUGUUGCAAGGAUCCCAUUUACAGGAGCUCCAGGAUUAAAAGUCUUGUUAGAUGGUCAUAGUCCUAUAGAUUACUUCAAUUUGCUAGCCGAUGAUGGUUUUUAUGAUUUAAUUCUUGAAAGCUCUAAUAAUUAUGCAGUUGAAAUACUAGCACAAAGUACCGGGGACCAAAGCAGGAUAAAUUCAUGGAGAGACAUUACCUUUUUCCCAUGA